AAGCAAAAAAAAAAAAAAAGGUCGUGUACAAAAGCUAUGAGAUCAUUGUUUGGAAUCUCCCAGGUACACACCAUAAAGUUUGAAAGCCAAGACUAUCAACCCGUUGGUCAUACUUGUUCAUAUCAACUGUACAAUAUCAUCAUCAUAGUUCAUAUCGGUUAAUGAGCCUACUCCUAUCACCAUGGUACGAUUGUUUCGAAGGUUUACUGUGUUCUACGCAACCUUAAUCUUGGUGAUCUUAUUCAUAUCAACCAUUAUAGGGAUAAGUACUUAUAAAUUAGAACAACAUCAAAUUCAUAAAAAUGAUUAUCAUAAUAUCAUAAAGGAUCUUUAUGAUAAGACCAAAGUUCAAAGUUUAUCUACUUCAAAUUAUUGGAAAUCAAUCACUAAGGAGUUUGUCACUACAUCUCAAUUGAUUUUCCCUAAUGGUAUCAAUUUAAAAGAUCCAAAACAAUAUAUCCUUGAUAAUCCAUCGUUAUUUAAGGAUUCUUCUAUCGUUAAUACUGACCCAGAACGAGGGAAAGUCAAAUUACCUCAAUCUAUAUUGGUUAAUAAUAUUCAAGAUGUUGGUUUAUUUCCAAGUCAAUCAACUUAUAAACCAUUUAAUCUUACGUUAUUCAAAAGUGAUUCUGAUAUAGAAAUGGAUUUGAAUAAAUGUAAGGAUUUAAAAGUGAUAAAUCCCAUCGAAUUGGAUAAUCCUGUUCAUGUCGAUUUAAAUAUGAGACAGAUCUUACACCAUUUCUUAGAUCACUUACCUCAUAAUAAAUAUUAUCAAGAAGUAGCUCCAUUUUUCAUUACUGAAUUAAAAUUACAAUUCAAACAUAAUAUAAUCGAACAUUAUUGGUAUCGAUUAGCUGGUUCAUCGGUAUGGUUAGAACAAUAUGGUGUUCAUCUUAUGAUAUCUCGUGUUUUAUAUGCUCCAAGAGGUGUCAGAAAUCAACCUAUUGUAUCAUUAAUGUAUGCUCAAAUCUUUAAUGAAAAUUGGCAAGAAUUAACUAAUACAGAAUUAGUUAUUCCAUCUGAUGAUCAAAAAUUUAGAAUUAUGAAAUUCCCGCAAUUCUUACCUAUUCCAUUUUAUCAUGAUUAUGAUAAUACGAUUGGGAAAUAUUAUGGACCUGAAGAUCCUAGAAUUCUUUUGGUAAAGAAUACUUUUGGAUAUGAAGAACCUAUGAUUAUUUUCAAUUCAUAUCAUCGGAAAUUAAUUGGAUUCGAUGAUGAUAGUGAUGAAUAUGUCCUUCAAAAACCUCAAUUUUAUAGAUCAAUGUUUGUAUGUUGGCCAUGGCAAUUUCAAACUGGGAAGAAAAAUAUGGAUGUAAUGGAUAAAGAUUAUACCAAUCGAGAAUAUAAUCGAGUUUUGGAAUUAAAAAUCAAAAAUUUACCUCGUCAACGUACUCAAAAGAAUUGGACUCCUUUCAAAUCAUUCCAAUCUUCAAAAACUCAACAUACAUUUGAUAAUUAUCUUUAUUUCGUCUAUAGAUGGGCUAAUUUUGAAACUUUGAAAUGUAGUUUACAAGAUGGGAUUUGUGGAUUUAAUUAUCGAUUAAAUAAAGAUUUACAUCCUAUGGCAAGAAUUGGUCCAUUAAGAGGUGGAACACAAUUAGUUAAUCUAAAUGAAUUAAUGUCCACUCAAACUCCUUUCCAUCUUAAUGAUUUCUUACCUCCCGAUAGAGAAAUUUGGUUAGGUUUUGCUAGAGCACAUAUUGAUAGAUGUGGAUGUGGAUCAAAUAUGUAUAGACCAAAUUUAGUUAUAGUGGUUAAGGAUACCAUUAAAGUUAAACAACCUUCAUUAUUCGGAUCCAAUGAGAAUGAUGAUGCAUAUACUUAUGAAGAUGUUUAUAGAGUAAGUCAUGUGUCAUCAUCAAUAUCAUUUAAUAUCCCCUUGAUUGGAUGGGAUUUAUUUAAUCCUCAAUUCCAAUGUGCAGGAAGUAGUAUUUUAAUUCCUAAUGGGAUUUCUUCAUGGUCAAUUAGAACUACAAAUGAAGGUAAUGAUCAUGAUUAUAAAUCAUGGAAAUUCGAUGAUUAUUUAACGUUAUCUAUGUCAAUUAGUGAUUUCACUAUUCAUACGAUUAAUAUUAAAGGAUUAUUAAAUCAAGUUUUAAGUUUAAAUUCUUUAUUCUUAUCUCAAUCAGAUCAAAGUGAUGAUUCAUAUUUACAAAUUCCUCAAAGUGUAGCAGGAGCAAAUUCAAAAUUAGGGUUCAAUAAUGAUAAUAUACUUUGUGCAUUACAAAGUUCAGCUGAUUUCUGUCAAGCAUAUGCUAAUGAACAAGAUCGAUUAUUAUCAAAGAGUUUAUUUAAUUAUCAUAAAAAUGAUGAUUAUAGAAAUAAAUAUUAUGAUAUUUUCUUGGAUAAUGAUGAUACGGCAUCAAAUAAUGAAAUUCAAGCUUAUCAAAAUGAAUUAUAUUAUGCUAAACCUGCUAUUAGUCCAUUACGAGCUCAAAAUAAACCUGCUUCAUCUCCACCAAAGAAAAAUACAAGACCAAAUCCAGGUAAGUCUAUACCUGGAAAUACUAGACCAACAUCGCCACUUUCUGGAAAUAGUGAUUUACCAACUAUAAAUAGAUACCCUCCAUCAUCUUCGUCUAGUUCUAAUAAACUUAAUCAAGCUCAAGGUCAAAGUCAAAGUCAAAAACAAGCUCAAAAGGGUAGACCAAAUCCAGUCUUGUCAUCAGAAUCAUCCACAGUACCAAAAUCUAAUAAGGCCAAACCUUUACCUAAGCUGAAACCUUUAACUUCAGACCCACCAUUAAGUCCAAAGGGAAAUGCAAAUGGAAAACCAUUACCAUUACCAAAAUUGAAACCUUUAGCUUCAAAUCCAUCUGAUUCAGAUUCACCAAAUUUAAAAUCAGUACCUAAGCCUAAAUUAAAAGCUACAUCUCCUGACUCAUCAAAUUCAGUACCUAAAUUAAAAGCUGAACCUAUAGUUCCUCCAUCUUCAAAUCCAAAAUUUGAUAAAUAUAAAAAACCUAAACCUCCUCCACAACCAUCAAUUGAACAACCAGCUGCUCCAGUCGAUCCACCAUUAUCACCCAAUUCAAACCCUGGUAAAGUCAAACCUGUACCAAAGAAAGGAAAUUCCAACAUGAAUCCAAUCACAUAAACAAACAUUCACAAUACAUAAAAUAAAUAAACAAAAACAAUAAUAUUUGGGGACAUUCUGGUAUAAUGUCAUAUAUUACAGCAUAAUUAAAUAUCCAUCCAUUCAUUCGCUUAUAUAUAGGUGGUUGUUUAUAUAUUCAUCUAUACAUA